AUGGGCGCCACCAUUCUCAAUGACUCAGGAACUUCAGAGUUUGUGCUGCUGGGGCUGUGGGCCCCGCCGCCCCUGCGUCCCCUGCUGUGGACGGCAUUGCUGCUGGCCUACCUGGCCACGGUAUUGGGCAACGGCGCCCUGGUGGGUCUGAUCAUGCUUGACCGGCGUUUGCACCGGCCCAUGUACCGUCUCCUGACCCACCUGGCUCUGCUGGACACCGCCUAUGUGAGCACUACACUGCCUCAGGCGUUGGCACACAUGGUUUCGGGCAGUGCCCGCCUCUCCCUGGCACGUUGUGGGGCGCAGCUGUAUGUGGGCAUCUCCCUGGGCAGCUGCGAGGCCAUCCUCCUUGCAGCCAUGGCCCUGGACCGCAGCUUGGCAGUGUGCAGACCCCUGCGCUAUGCCUCCCUGGUGACCCCACCGCGUUGUGCAGCGCUGGCUGGUGCUGCCUGGGUCCUGGGCUUCACGCUGUCGGUGCCCAACGCGGUGGCCGCCCUGCGCCUGCCCUUCUGCCCCGGGAGGCCCGCCGUGGACCACUUCUUCUGUGAGCUGCCUGCGGUGCUGAGGACCGCGUGCGCAGACACCACCGCCAACCACAGGCUGGUCCACGGCCUGGGCGUGCUCAUCCUCUUGGUGCCCCUGGUCCUCAUCCUCACAUCCUACGCCUGCAUUCUGGUUGCAGUGCACAAGCUCCCUUCGGCCAGGAGCCGAGGCAAGGCUCUGUCCACGUGCAGCUCGCACCUGGCCGUGGUGGGGCUCUUCUACGGCACCGUGAGCGCCUUGUACCUGCGCCCCCGCUCCUCUCGCGCGCUCCCAGCUACGCACCACAAACUGGUAGCCGUUUUCUACCUGGUGGUCACGCCCGUCCUGAACCCACUCAUCUACAGCCUUCGAAACCGUGAGGUCCACGCUGCAGCCCACUACGCCCUGGCCCGGCUGCGGGGGAUGCGCACGGCGCUGCUCUGA